CAUGCAUCGAUUGGGCCAUAGGCGGCCAGAAGCUGCGCCGUGAUUGGCCCAGCAGCCCAUCAGUUACUGGCAAGUGCAGUUAAGUUUUGCUGUUGGGCUACACUGAGGGAGAACUGAGCUUGUAGAGCCCUGCGGACCUGCGGACCUGCCGCCUCAGCUCGAUACUCAUGGACGUUGGAUGGACUAGCGGCAGGGAUGGUCGGCUAUGAUGCCAAAGCAGAUGGCAGGAAUAACUCCAAGUUGGAGGUGGCGGUGGCAGGAUCGGUGUCUGGAUUUGUCACUCGUGCCUUGAUCAGCCCCUUGGACGUCAUCAAGAUCCGUUUCCAGCUUCAGAUUGAACGCCUGUGUCCAAGUGACCCCAACGCCAAAUACCACGGAAUCUUCCAGGCGAUCAAGCAGAUUCUGCAGGAGGAGGGCCCAACGGCGUUCUGGAAAGGACACGUUCCAGCCCAGAUUCUGUCCAUAGGCUAUGGAGCAGUCCAAUUUCUGUCAUUUGAAGAGCUGACUGAACUGCUCCACAGAGCCAACUUGUAUGAAACUCACCAGUUCUCAGCACACUUUGUAUGUGGCGGCCUGUCUGCCGGCACAGCCACCCUUGCUGUGCAUCCUGUGGAUGUCCUGCGUACCCGCCUCGCAGCUCAGGGGGAGCCCAAGAUCUAUAACAACCUGCGGGAGGCUGUGUCGACCAUGUACAGGACCGAGGGCCCCUUGGUCUUCUACAAAGGCUUGCUUCCCACCGUGAUCGCCAUCUUCCCCUACGCGGGCCUGCAGUUCUCCUGCUACCGGUCCUUGAAGCGUGCCUACGACUGGGUCCUCCCGCCAGAUAGAAAGCAAACAGGGAACCUGAAAAACCUACUUUGUGGCUGUGGGUCUGGAGUCAUUAGCAAGACCCUCACAUAUCCCCUGGACCUCUUCAAGAAGCGCCUGCAGGUGGGAGGGUUCGAGCAUGCCCGGUCUGCCUUUGGUCAGGUGCGGAGCUACAGGGGCCUCCUGGACCUCACCAAGCAGGUGCUCCACGAUGAAGGCACCAAGGGCUUCUUCAAGGGCCUGUCGCCCAGCCUGCUGAAGGCUGCCCUCUCCACGGGCUUCAUGUUCUUCUGGUACGAGCUCUUCUGUAACCUGUUCCACUGUAUGAGGAUCGAAGACAGAUAGCUGUGAGGGCAGGAGGGGCCGAAGGUCUGCCCUGGAGGCGCCUCUCCCAACAAGACUUGUUCUGAGCUCAUACUGAACAAUGGCUGCUGCCUGGUUGGCCUUCUAGGCCAGCUGUCCUGAGCAUGAAGGGUCGUCCACAGCCGAUGGCGGACGGGCCAGGGCCUUUUCUGAAGAGAACACAGAGAAGGGAGUGCUUGGGCUACAGAGACACCGAGGAGGAGGAGCCUGGUGUUGUUCCUCCUCUGUCCAGCCAGCCUCUGCUUUGUAGUCCUGGUUCUGGGGAGAAGCCCCCCAGUCCUAGUAAGAGCACAGCUUGAGCACACAGGGGUAGGACUGGGCUCUUUGCAGAAUUCUAACCCCCACAACUUGGUUUGUUUCUCCUGCCAACUUAUUUAAUAGACAUUAAAGCAAAAGGCACAUUCCUCAUCUCA